AUGCCCAGGCGGCUCUCCCGGGCGCGGCCGGGGCUGCCGCUGCCGCUGCUUUCGCCACCCGCUCGGCUCGCCUCGGUGGCGGCGCUGCUGCUGCUGGUGGUGCCCGGGGCGCGCAGCCAAGGCCUCUACUCGCCCGACGACCCGCUGGCGCUGCUGAGGGGGGACACGCUGGAGCGCACCAUCUUCAACUCCUCCAGCGCCUGGGUGGUCGAGUUCUACGCCUCCUGGUGCGGCCACUGCAUGCAGUUCGCCCCCGUCUGGAAGGAGCUGGCCAACGACAUCAAGGAUUGGAGACCUGCUGUGAUGCUGGGUGUGAUCGACUGCGCUGACACAACCAACCAGAAAAUAUGUUCAGAGUUUAAAAUUACUGGCUACCCAACUUUGAAGUUUUUCAAGCCAUUCUCCAAGAAACCUGACGAUGGCAUAAGACUCUUGCAUCAUGGGGACGGCAUACGAAGUUUGAGAGAGAGCAUAAUCUCCAACGUAGAAAGAAGUGGAGAUGCAUGGCCCCCAGCCUGCCCACCACUUGAGGCAUUCAGUGCGGCAGAACUCCACAGCUUCUUCCAGGCAAACAGCGUGACAUACUUGGCCCUGAUAUUCGAGAACGAGGACUCCUUUUUGGGCAGAGAGGUGACGCUGGACAUGGUCCAGUUUGACAACAUUGCGGUGAGAAGAGUCCUACAGAGCAACGAUGAGCUGGUGAAGACAUUCAACGUCACCACCUUCCCUUCCGGCUUCCUGCUUUUCAGCAACGGCUCUUGCGAUCCUAUUCCUGUGCAUGGUGAUUCCAGAGCUCUUUACACAAGCUUCCUCAGGAGGUUGCCCAGUGUCGUCCGAGGGAGCUCCUUCAACCACACUGUGCAGCCGCCCCCAGAACCAAUGACUACUCCUGCUCCCUGGAAGACGAUAGACAGGAAAAAGUUGUACAUGGCUGACCUGGAGUCCGCAGUAAUGUAUACCCUGAGAGUGGAGACAGCACGAUUCCUCUACCUCGACAAAGAGCGUCUGUCUGCGUUGAAGCGAUUUGUGGCUGUCCUGGUCAAGUAUUUCCCCGGACGCCUUGUGGUCAUGAACUAUCUUCGCAACUUGGACCACUGGCUGAAGCGAAAGACGAAUGUUACGCAGAGCGAAUGGGAGGAAGCUCUGAGGAAUAAAAAAGAGCGUCCUUAUGCCCAGCUGCCAGAGACCCCGAACUGGGUGGGUUGUCAAGGAAGCAAACCCGAGUACCGAGGUUUUCCAUGCUCACUCUGGACUCUUUUCCACCUCCUCACGGUGCAGGAAGCCAUACAAAACACCAGAUUUUAUGCACCGUCAGAAGUCCUGCCGACGAUGAGAGGAUACAUCCAUUACUACUUUGGUUGCCGAGAGUGCGCGGAUCACUUUGAAGGCAUGGCUGCAGAGUCCAUGCACCGAGUGAGGAACAAAGAUGGUGCCAUUCUCUGGCUCUGGUCAAGGCACAACCGAGUCAAUGCUCGUUUGUCAGGUACCAAAAGCGACGACCCCAGAUUUCCCAAGAUCCAGUGGCCUCCCCAGAUUUUGUGUUGGCCGUGCCAAUUAAUCAUCAAUGGGAAACGCAUGUGGGACGAGAGGGCUGUCUUGGAGUUCUUCAAGUCCCACUUUUCACGCAGAAACAUCUACCUGGAUUACAUGAACUUCGAGAGGGGGAGACACGGCCGAGACGUUGAGGAACACGAUGUCGGAGCCGAAGGAAACCUGGAGGAAGGACAAGGGGAGGACGUCCGAGGAGCCGAAGAGGAGUUUGGAGGAGACGCCAAGAGGACCGAGACGCCCGAGGGAGGGAGGGAGGAGAGAAAGCGAUCCGGCUCAGACCGGUUAGGCGCUUCAGAGCAGCACAAGCCAAGCAUUAUCAAGAUCGGCAAGAGCGUGAAGGCGAAAGAGCUGGAGGAUGACAUAGUCGACCUGGAUUCCUUCAGCGAGCAGCAUUACAAGAGCAAAGCUCUGAAAGCGGCUGCCCAGGCCAACGACGGACACAGGCGGAGCAGGAGGGACACGGGGCUGGUGCCGAUGGAGGACGAGAGCCACCUGUCUUUUGAUUAUGACAUGGUCUGGGAACGCCUCAAACACAAGGGCUUGGGAGCCCAGCAGAUCAUGGAUGCCGUGGAGGAGGGCGUCAGUAGGGAGGGCGGGACCGCCCUGAGGAGGAGCCAGUGGUUGCGCUUACUGGGCGUCGGAUUUUCCCGCCUGGAUGUCAGCUUGUGCAUCGUUCUGUACCUCCUCUCUUCCAUGUGUCUGUUGGGCAUGUACACAUUCUUCCGCAUGCGCAUGCGGUCUCGCAAGGGUCGCCCGGGCUUCCCGUUGGCCUAGAGGAGAAGCCAGCCGGCUGCAACCGAUAGGGUGGGACACAGAAGAGGGGCGACUGCCCUGG